CAAACUUCAGAUACCGAGCAAACAGAACAAGCAUUCAAAAAACUUCAUUCAAAUUCCAAUUGCUUUCUUCCCAAAGACUUUUCCUUAUUCAUACACAUUUUCAUUACUUUUCUUUCAUCUUUUUAAUUCUUUCUUUUGUACCUAAAUCAAGAAAACUAGUCACUAUGGCUCCUCAUCUUACCAGUGCUAAUCUUGCAGCCAAUACCAACUCUUUGGUUAAGCAAGCUAGCAUUUCUAGUUGUGCAUAUGUUACUUUCUUGGCUGGUAAUGGAGACUAUGUGAAAGGUGUUGUUGGUUUAGCCAAAGGGUUAAGAAAGGUCAAUAGUAAGUACCCAUUAGUGGUGGCUAUCUUGCCUGAUGUCCCGGAGGAUCACCGUAAAAUCUUGGUCUCUCAAGGUUGUAUAAUUAAAGAAAUUGAGCCCGUUUAUCCACCGGAGAACCAGACUCAAUUUGCCAUGGCUUAUUAUGUCAUCAAUUACUCCAAGCUUCGUAUAUGGGAGUUUGUGGAGUAUAGCAAGAUGAUAUAUUUGGAUGGUGAUAUUCAAGUUUUUGAGAACAUAGACCAUCUGUUUGACUUGCAAGAUGGUUACUUUUAUGCUGUGAUGGAUUGUUUCUGCGAGAAGACCUGGAGCCACUCUCCACAGUACAAGAUCGGAUACUGCCAACAGUGUCCUGAUAGAGUGAAGUGGCCUGCUGAAAUGGGUCCUAAGCCUCCACUUUACUUCAAUGCUGGCAUGUUUGUUUUUGAGCCCAGUCUUCCCACAUAUGAUGACCUCUUGAACACAGUCAAACUCACCCCUCCUACCCCAUUUGCUGAGCAGGAUUUCUUGAACAUGUUCUUCAAGGACAUUUACAGGCCAAUUCCUCCAAUUUACAACCUGGUCUUGGCCUUGCUCUGGCGCCAUCCAGAGAAUAUUGAGCUAGAAAAGGUCAAGGUUGUUCACUAUUGUGCAGCUGGGUCUAAGCCAUGGAGGUAUACUGGAAAAGAAGAGAACAUGGACAGAGAGGACAUAAAGACGCUGGUCAAGAAAUGGUGGGACAUAUAUGAAGAUGAGUCGUUAGACUACAAGAACACUGCCGCUGCUGCUACCGGUGGUGCAACUGAAGCUGGACUGCAGCCACUCCUGGCAGCUAUGUCAGAGGCCAGCGAAGUUCACUAUAUAACCGCUCCAUCUGCUGCAUAAUGGUUGUGGAUUCUACAGUGAUGUUAAUAAUUUGUAUAGGAAAUAUAAAGGGUUUGCUGCUUUAUAGCUAUUUGAUUGUGAGGAGGGACCUUUUUUCAUGCCUCCUUUGUGGGUUUUCUGAAUUAUGUUGGAAUUAAAUUUAUUUUUUAUAUAUAUGUACACAGAGUGUUUGCAUAGGGGAGGCCUGAAGAAUUCCCCUAAGUUGUAAUUAUUCAAAGGCAAAGUUGCCUAGGUGUUGAAUGUAAUAUCAAUUUGAAGAUAAUAUAAAAUUUGAGCAAUGUUUUAAAUUAA